AUGUCUCCUCUACCUUCAGCAGAGACAGUGGUGGCAAAGUGCAAGAUGGACGUCGCACUCAUGCCACCACCACCGCUACCAAAACGACAGAAGCGACCAGCCAAAGUCCUGGACGAGGAUGUCUACUCCGACGCUCUAUCUCAUAUCAUCGCACGUGAUUACUUCCCUGGUCUGCUGGAGAGCGAAGCACAGCAGGAAUACCUCACAGCCCUCGACUCGAACAAUAACGACUGGAUCCGAGAUGCUGGCCGGAAGUUGACCCAGGUCAUGACGCCUGGUCCGGGAGGGAGGAGGAGAGGGACGAGCUUCACCCCAAGACGGAGCACUGCCGUUGGAGAUACGCCUAGAGGAUAUGUGGGAUCGACUCCAGUACGGACACCCAUGACCGAGCGAGGAGAGGAUCACUUUGCCGCCGAGCAGGAGCCAGAGGUGGAUGUGAACAUGAGCUUGGGUGCAUUUCAAGCCAAGUACACUAGUGAGGACAACGAGAGCUUUAAUGCUCUACUCGACAAGCAGAAUGUCAAGCGAGCAGUCAAGUACGAGUUCUUUCACAGAGGCAACAAGAUACCAACGACACGACAGAUUGCGUAUAGAGCGCGAGAGCAGAAGCUACUGGACAACGGCACCAGCUCUAACUCGCUUAUCACCACCAAUGCUGCUGGGGAAGAGCGACAGGCAAUAUCACAUGCACGACCAUCUCAAGACCUGGACACUCGCCCAGCAUCUGUCGACAGCUUCCCAAACCGCCAAGGACCACGCAACCACUUCAUGUUCGGCCCAGACGGAGUGGAGGACUACACAGUGACUGCAGCGGAAGACAGACAAGCCAAGUCCCUCGCCCCGCCCAAAAAUGUAACCCACACCGCCACCCGCCUCCCAUCCGAAGCAGAUCCAGCCAACAUCUCCCGCAUCCCAGCCAGUCCAUCGCUGAGUGCAAUCGAUGCCGCUAUCUCCCGCCGCCCAAAACCCACGGACUCCGAACCAGGAUACUCGGGAGCAGAGACCCCACGGGUCAACGGCUACGCUUUCGUGGACGCGGAACCUUCUCCUUCUGAACUUGGCGUGCCCGUCUCGGACGAAGAAGCCGAUGCGGCGGAGAGGGAGGAAGUCAUGAAACUGCUCCCCAGAGCUGAUGGUGAAGGAGGGAGGAAUCCUUUUAGUCUUUCUGAGAAAAGCGCGAGGGAGGAAUUGCACCUCCGGCUUGUGGAGAAAGCUGAUACGGCGAGGAGGAAAGGUGGAGUAGCUGGGGGUGGUAGUGGUGGGAGGUUGGGGCAGUUGAGAGAAUUGGGGAUCACGCCGGGACGGACGCCUACGCCGAGGUUCGCUAGUGCACCGAAGACUCCUGGGAGGGGUUUGGGAGCGUUGACGCCGGCGGCUAGGAUGUUGGCUGCUAGUUUGGGGAAGACGCCGAGGAAGGGUGGCGAGGAUGUUGGGGGUGGUGGGAAGGGAUCGCGGGAGAUGGGAGGUGGUACGCCCAAGUCUAAACGCGUUGUAUGA